AAACAGACAAAAAAUCCAUGAACUCAGCUACAACAUCUCGAAGCUGAGACGUGCGGGCUUCACACAAAGCUAGAAAUUUUCUCAGUGCGAAAAGUGCUGAAGAAAACAUAACAUGGUGCAGCAUCGGUCAGAGCAUUUUACCGUUUGGUAGUAGUAGCAUAUACAUAGCACAGCAUAUAUGUAUUAACGAAAAAGUAGUACAUUUUUUUCCUUUCGUCGAAAUUAAAGUGGCUGUCGUUUGCUUUUGGCUUUAAGUGUAUUUUAAACGCUGUGGUUUCGCACUUUGUGUAACGCGAUUUUGUCUCUAGAGCGUGCUGUUGAAGAUGCUGAGAAAAACAUUACAAGUGGAAGUACAUUAAUAAAGAACCGAAUCGUUAAGUAACAGAAAGGCGUCGUAAACAUAGAAACUAAUUUUACGACGGGCUGAGAAGUUUUUUUUAUUAGAGAUAUCAAAUGGUAUUCUUGUGAAAUAGUUACAAUGCAACUAGUCUGCAUCCUAGUGGCAAUGAAAAAUUGCAUCUGAAAUGGUAGGGGCACUGUCUCAUUGAAAGAGUUCGGCACAAAAAGUCUGAACUGAAGGUCAUUUGCGGAAAAUGGAAUCUGACGAUCCAUAAACGUGACGGUAUCGCAGUUUAUCGUUGUGACGAGUAACUCACAGGAUAUAUUUAUCCAUUAUGCGUGAAAGUACCAAGUGUUAGCAAGUAUCAUUUCCAGCAAUUUGUGUGUAUUCCUAUGCUCUCACAGUCCGCUAACAAAGUCGUGCAGCGGGAGGGCAGGCGUGGUUUGUUGAUUGGAUAAUGAAGUAAGCGCAUUCGAGUCGCCAAAAACGACUGGAUCAAUACAACUCACACACCGAACAUAUCCAUGGAACAUAUUGAAUUUUGAGAUAAAUCUCAUUACUCCUGUAGACAUUGUGCCGUAAUAGUUUUAGUUUUCAUUGUCGCAAAGGCAGAUACAAGCAGCCCAAAUGAAAAAAGUAAUGAUUCCUUCAUUGGAUAUGAAAAAGAGUAUUUCGGUUAAAGUAGAUAGUGAUCUGACAUUAUUACUAUCGAGUGGAGUGUACGAAAUAAAAAAAAUGGAGCCUCGCAGGCGGCUCCGGCCCAUUGUGAUUAUCUGCUUGUUCCUCACCAUAGCCGGCAUCAUAGGGUUCGGAUAUUUCUGCCCAGACCAGGUGUGUGCCCUGUCACGGCGGGAAGUGAUCAGCAACCAGGAUCUGAUGGCUGGCUUCACUCAUGACAAUCUGGGUAAACCGGUGCAGCAGAAUCUUCUGUCGAAUCCUGGACUCAGCUAUGAGGAAGUACUGAACGAUGAUUUCCAGUUCGACAUGAACGCGCACGACGUGAUGGUUUUUCUGCACAUUCAGAAAACAGGUGGCACAUCCUUCGGCAAACAUCUGGUGCGCGACUUAGACUUGAAGCGACCGUGCACAUGUCAGCGAAAGAAGAAACGGUGCUACUGCUUCCGGCCGCAUCGCAAUGAAAAUUGGCUUUUCUCGCGCUACUCGACCGGCUGGAAAUGCGGGCUACAUGCAGAUUGGACCGAACUGACCGGAUGCGUCGAUCAGGAGCUGGACAAGAACGAAGGCGAAACGGCCAAGCGACGAUACUUCUACAUUACUCUGCUGCGUGAACCGAUCGCUCGCUAUCUAUCCGAGUUCCGACACGUGCAACGCGGGGCAACUUGGAAGAACUCUCGGCACUGGUGUCUCGGGCGGACAGCCACACCGGAAGAGCUGCCACCGUGCUAUAAUGGUGAAAACUGGAAUGGUGUGCAUCUAAAUGAGUUCGCCAGUUGCGAGAGUAACCUUGCGGCCAACCGCCAGACCCGCAUGUUAGCUGAUCUGGCGCUGGUUGGCUGCUACAACAAAACGUACAUGCCAUCGGCAGAGCGCGACCGCAUCAUGCUGGCCAGUGCCAAGCGCAACCUUGCCGCUAUGUCCUAUUUUGGGUUGACCGAGUAUCAGAAAAUCUCGCAGUACAUCUUCGAGGAGACGUUCAAUUUGCGUUUCGCAAUCCCGUUCGAGCAGCAUAACAAUACCGUUUCUACUAGCACCAUGAACGGGCUGACGGCUGACCAGCGGACCCGGAUAGAUAAGCUAAAUGCACUCGACAUCGAGCUGUAUGCAUUCGCGAAGAAAUUAAUGUUCCAAAGAUUCGAAAGACUUAAAGCCAAAGAUAAUGAUUUUAACGUAAGAUUUUCACAUUUGGGUAACCUAGGAGUUAAGACCGGUGUUACCGAGUUCAACUGGGACAGUAAUAUUGACGAGUCACCCAGCAGUGAGCAUCACUGAUACGGAAGGGUAGGGGGUCAUACCGAAGCGACAUUCCCGCACAAAUCGCCAUAUCAGUUGGUUCUGAAAAAGUUGUCAUCACGUCGUUUCCGCAAUCGCUCUGCUACGCCACCCUUCUCGCUGACCGUUAACACCAAUGUCAUCUUAUUGUCUCGCAUUACUGAUGUUCCCGCCGAAAGUCACCAGCCGACAGGGAUGGCAGCGGGCGCUACUCCAAUGCCCUACAAUCUCAAAUUUCACGCUUCCACUAGUCCGAAUAAAGGGAAGCAAAUUCAACGUCCGCGACUGCAGGAUCGUGAUGACGGAAGACGGUCCUUCACACUUAGCAAGCAACAGAUAACAAUGCAAACGCUGCGUGAUGGCCCGCCGUCAAAGACAUGGAAGCUGAGCAACAACAGCAGCAACUAGUGAUGCUGGUUAGUCAUAGAAUGUUAGCUCCGAGUGUUGUUUGCAUACUGAUUUUAGCAUUUUUAUCACUGACGCAGAAUGUGAAUAUUAUCCCUAAUACAUACAUACACAAGCAACAUUGUUUCAUAAUAGCUUAAGAAGUAAGAAUAAACAUAAUACACCCAUGCGAAAAGUGUAUCAAAACAGCAAA